UAGUAUGUACUGUUUAAGUCUGUAAGCCACGGUACUGUUUCAUUUAUUGGAUGAUUAAGUGAAUGAAAAUUGAAACAAUAUAACUCGACUUUCAGCAUAGCCAGUUGCAUACUUUAAGGGAUUAGACACCAGAUGGUACAAUUGCAAGAAAAGGUCAAAUUGGAAACCACACCAUCCCAGUCGGCCAAAAUGGAUGUUCAAAAGUCGGAUGGCGAAUCUUCACACAAAAAGGCUCGUUUGAACGAAGAUUAUUCUAAAUGGGAUGCAAAGACCCUUUAUGAAGAGCUCAAAGAGAAGGGUCUUGGUAAUGUUGCUGAGAUCUUUCGAGUAAAGAAAAUAGCAGGCGAUACUUUGAAACAGAUUGAAGAGUUUAUUGAGAAAGUAAAGACAAGUCGUUUGCCUUUGAAGGGCCAAAAGGAGUUCAAUGAUCCAAUACAUGGACUAAUCGAACUCCAUCCACUGUGUGUGAAGAUCAUAGACACACCGGAAUUCCAGCGCCUUCGAUUUGUGAAGCAGCUUGGGACUACUUACUUUGUGUAUCCUGGUGCGGCUCACAACAGAUUUGAGCAUAGUUUAGGGGUUUGUCAUUUAGCCGGCCGACUGGUCCGUGCCAUAAAAAGCAGACAACCCGACCUUGGAAUAACAGAUAAAGACGUUCUUUGUGUUGAAAUAGCUGGGCUCUGCCACGACCUUGGUCAUGGACCAUUUUCCCAUCUGUUUGAUAGGGAGUUUAUACCAAAAGUUCGUCCAGGGACCACAUGGGAGCACGAACAAGCCUCCAUAGAGUUACUGGACUACAUGAUUGACAAAAGAAAUUUAGAUCCUGAGUUCGAGAAAUAUGAUAUCACAAAAACUGACAAAACAUUUAUCAAGGAGCAAAUUUGGCCUGAAAUGAAGGGUGAUGGAAAGUUCAAGGGAAGACCUGACAAACCGUUCCUAUAUGAGAUUGUUGCCAACAUGCGGAACGGCAUCGAUGUUGACAAGUGGGAUUACUUUGCCCGUGAUUGCUACAUGCUUGGAAUUCAGAACAACUUUGACCACAACAGAUGUAUCCACUUUGCCCGGGUUUUGGAUGCGAAGGGAGAUUCGGAUGAGAUGGAGAAACAGAUUUGUACCAGGGAAAAGGAGGCUGGGCACCUGUAUGACAUGUUCUACACCCGAUAUAUGCUGUACCGCCGGGCCUAUAAGCACAAGACUGUUUCAAGCAUCGACUUCAUGGUUACAGAGGCGCUUAUCGAAGCAAACGAUUGCAUCAUGUUUACCGGUAAAAAUGGUGAAGAAAAGAAAAUGUCAGAGGCCAUUCAUGACAUGGAAGCCUACAGUAAGAUGACGGACCAAGUGAUGUUCAUGAUUCUCAACAUGAACGACGAGAACCUACCGAAAUCCAUAAAUCCAGAUGGCACUGUUGACGUGGCGGAUUUCAGGGAGAAGAAGGAGAAGCUCGCAAAAUCAAAAGAGAUCCUGAAUAAUGUCAUGUCCCGCAAUUUUACGUACAUAUUCACAAUGCAUGCGGUGGCUGAAGGGGACAUCAAGGAGAAAGAGAAAGACAUAGAAAAGGCAGUUAAAGAGAUAAUAGAAAAAGAGAAUCCUGAUCAACAAAAUUUUGAUGCUGCCGGUAUUAAAGUUCAGAUUGUUAAGCUGGAUUACGGGAAAAAAGGCAAGAAUCCCAUGGACUACUUGAUGUUUUACAGCAAAACCGAUCUUGACAAAGCCGUUCAUAUUAAAAAGGGGCAGGUGUCGAGCUUUCUCCCAAGAGUAUUCCAAGAGCGACAUAUUCGACUUUAUUGUAAAGGCGAUGUUUCGGAGGACUUGAAGACGGCCGCUAGCGAUGCUUUUGACCAGUGGUGUGAAAAAAAGGGCUACAUAUACGUAAGGGAGCAGAGUAGUGACGAAUAGAUAAAGAGGGUGCCCUUUUGGGCAAGAAGACGAUAAAGGAACCAUUCUUACUUGAUGUACAACACUCCAGCGCAGUGAUCUCCCCUUGUCAAAUAUUCGAUGUGUGCAUAAAGUCAUAAACCAAACGUUUAAAGUGGGCAAUUCUGAAACUAUACGUAAGGAUCCAAUAAAUGUGCGAAACGUGCGUUUGAUAAACUACAGAAUAUAUCGUUGAGGGGAUUUUUUUAUUAUAUAUCAUUGAAUCUUGAUUAGUUGUUUGAUUUAUAUAUAUUGGUGUUUUGUUGUUGCUGUUUUUAAUGAGUUUAGUGUUAAAGAAGACGUUUUAAACAAUUUAAAUUUUCUAUGAGGACUUUCUUUAUAUUACUGCAGAUGGUAAAGAUCACAAAAAUGUGUAUUAACUCUAUAUUAUAUAACCAUAGCAUACAUAACGUUAUUUUAGUUCGUAAGUUAUUUACGUAAGCCAAGAGCUUUUUGUUAAAAUUGUGUUAGCCUAGGAUUCUUUCUUAAAAAAAGUAUUUGUGCCAAUUUAUUUUGGGGUUUAGCCGAGUUUAAAACGAAAAUACUCAUUUUGUAAUUUGAUUUUUAAAUGAAUUAGAAUAUGUGUGAAAAUAUGACAUAAAGCCGAUGGUGAGGAUCGAAUGGAAAAUUGUGCAAUAACUUUUUGCAGCAUUUUCGUUUACAAUCGGAAGUUGAAAAUUUCGUUUGUUUACAACAACAGAAAAAAUCGGGUCGGCGGGUCAGAGUAAGGACAAACAAACACUCGCCAUAAUUCAACUCAAAAGCAAACUAAAUGUAACUUCAUACUUCUAUUUUGUUUCGUAAUUUAUUCAUGUUAUGCAGUUAAUGUUAAAAUGCGAAUCAUUAUCCGACAAUUUAUAGUAUUUACCACAUGUUAUGAUUAGUGAUUAUGUUUGUGAUUUACAGGUUCCUAUUAUAAAAUGUUUAAUAAAUGCAAUUCAAUGACAUGUAAAUGAUAAGUGUGUAAUACAGGUGAAUGAAAUUGGUUUUCUUUCGU